AUGGAUCACGAAGAGGGCACAUCAUUUGCUCGAUCGGGGUCAAACUUCGAACCAAGUCUCAGGCCGUCACGGCAAAGACCAGGCCCUACGUCGAGCUACAUUCUAGACGGAUUAGCAUCAUUGGCCUCUGCCUCUGAAGGGAGAACGUCUGUUCAAGUCGUGAUUGACCUGCUCCGCAAAUCCGGAUUACCCGGUCCGGUGAGCACCUUGCAGACUGACUCUACAAGAGUACUCCUCGGACAAGGAGCGCAAUUUGCUGUGUAUCGCGAAAGUACGUUCUUUAGCGCUCCUACUGGGAGCCGUCCUGGCGCAAUCUCUUCGUACGAUGUCGCAGUCAAACAGCCAAAAUUCUCACAGGAUUUGUUUUCGAAGUUCAGCCUCGCGGACCCUGAAGCGCAGAAACAUCUCCACACCAUCUGGCUGGAAAUUCUGGCUUUCACAGAUCCACAAUUGAGGGAGCACCCGAACAUCGCGAAACUAUUAGCGUAG